CCGGAAGUGUUUGAUCAAACCUUCCCGUUACCCCAACUGUGAUGGCUGCCGAAAUAUAUAUCGCGUUUUGGUGGACUUGUCUGGUUGCCUUCGUCUGUGCAGACCAGGCAAACAUAACAGCUAAGGUUGGACAGGAGAACAUCACUCUGACAUGUCGAGCUCCAAACAACAAAACCAUCAGAGCCGUAAAGUGGAGCAGAGCUGACCUGGGAGAUGAAUAUGUGCUUUUGUACCGGAAUGAGCAAUUGGAUCCAGGCAACCAGCAUCCAUCUUUUAGGAACCGGGUGGAUCUGCAGGACAGACAGAUGAAAAAUGGAAACGUGUCUCUGGUUCUGAAGAAUGUGAUGAUUAAUGAUGCUGGCACAUAUGAGUGUCGUAUUCUCCAGACAGGAACAGGUUUGCAGCUCAUCAACAUCAUCCACCUUCAUGUUGAUCCUCCAGGUCAGACAGGAGGAGACACAGAGGAUGGAGGGAAGGAGGCAGGAUCUGUUGGACUGAAAGUUGGUCUGAUAGUUUUUGCUCUUCUUGUUGUUGUUGUUGCUGCUGCUGGAUUUUUGAUCUACAGAAAACAUGAAAAAACAAAGAGUCAGGAUCCGUACAAGCCUCCUGCUGAACUGGAGCCUGUUUGAAACGUCUGGGGUUUUUUUAGCAGCUGAAAUUAGAGUCUCAUGCUGAUCCUGACUUUCGAGGACAGGCAUCAGUCAGCUGUCAGUGUAGUUAAGUUGUUAUACUUGUUUGUUUGUUUUUUUUUUUUGUUUGCUUUGUUUGGAACAGUAUUAGCUAUUAGGUUGUUUUAGCUUUCAAGUUAGUUUUGAUUCUUAAACAGUGUUAUUUACACUUUUGCCUUUUUUAUAUGUGGAACAUUCAGGAAGCCUGAUCAGUGAUAUUCAACGGAAAAGAUUCAGUUUCUGUUUGUAAGGUCAGACUCACAGACUGAUCCUUAUGUUUAGAUGUUACACAAUAAUUACAGAAACUGACUGACAACACAACCACAACACAAAGUGCUCAGGGUCCAUUUAUCAGCUAGAACUGAGUGACUGAAUAAUCUGAUAUUAUUAUGAAACCAAAGAGAAAUGUGUUACAUGGAGCUGCAGAGUCACAUGUUUCCUCCUCUGAUCUAUGAAGCCUUAACUUGUUCCUCCAUGAAGGAGACUCUUCAGUUUACACAUGUCAAGAUUAUUUAUUAAUUAUUUUUGUAUACACAUUUGUUUAUCAAUAAAGUUUUACUCUAUUGAGUAAAACGUUAUUAAAAGUUUGAAUGUUUCCCCAUGUAGUGUUACUCUACAAGGUUUUUCUUUGCCUCCUGUGGCUGUAAACAUUUUCUGACCUGCUGUUUGAGUGUGUGCAGAUCUCACCUUUAAUGUAACGACAUGAACAUUUAUACAUUUAGCCUGACAUUAUUAAAACCUAAGCUCCAUGUAAGCUCAGUAGCGCCACCUCUCAGUGUUAGGAGGUAAAUGACAGAGCUGAAACCCUGGCUGUUCAUGAGAUAUGAGUAUGAGGUGUGUUACUGAGCACAACACUGUACACAGUUUUGUGCAUUAACAUCUUUGUGCCCACAAUAUGGAACAAUCGUGUUAAAUUUCUGCCAUGUUAAUGAGAAGAGCUACAAGUUGAUUUGUCUUUUGCAGUGAUUAAACGUUCAUAUUUCAUGAUACAUUUUCUAGGCGAGCUAGCCUCUGUGCUAAAAAAAAAAGCAUGCUUUCUUCUGUAAUGUGUCUGCCUGACCAGAACCUAUUCUGUUUAUA